CUCUCUCUCCUCCUCUCUCGCUCGGAUCUACUUUUGUUCUCUCUCUCUCUCUUUCAUUCUAUCUCUCUUAUCUCUUCUCGAUGUUCAUCGGAUUCUCAUCAAUCAAAACAAAAACUGUUGAAUCAAGAAUCAAACCAAACAGUCAUUCUUUUUACGUUCAACUGGUGGAAUCAAUCAAGUUGAUUUAAGUAGAUCCGCGCUUCAAGUUUCGUCUUAUGCUUUAAAAAGUCAAAAACAUGUCAUUCAAAGAAGACAUCAAUCUGGAGCUCAAGAUCUACAAGGAAUGUUGAAUGGCUGGUCAAUCUGUAUUAAGUGUGGAAAGUCUGAUACUUGCAUGAGGUACGGUUUUAACAGAAGCGAAGUCGGGAGUCAUAAAUGAGGAAGCUGGGAGUCAUAACUGAUGAAGUUUCAAAAUUUUAAAAAAUGAAAGAGACAGAGUACUCGUUGGGGAGUAACAGAGGGACAUGAGACAGAAGCGACUAAACUUAUAGAUCAAGAGUUUCAUGUUUCAACAUAGUGAUGAGGAAAGGGAAGACACGAUAAUCAGUUAGUUCUCAGUUCUCUGGAAUUCAACUGCAUACGAAGACAGCAAAAAGGACUGGAAAACAGAGUACUCUCUGCGGAGUAAGAGAGGGACAUGAGACAGAAGCUGAAAAGAAGAAUACAACCUUCACAUGACAGCAGACUUUUAAAUGACAGCAAAAGGGACUGGAAAAAAGUUGACUGUCUGCGGAGUAACAGAAGGACAUGAGAAAGAAGCUGCAUAAAAAGAAUAAGACCUUCACGUGACACCAGACUUAUAAAAUGGUCAGGAAAGCUGCUAGGGAGAAAAGAAGAGGAAAACGAGUUGAUACUGGAGCUGAUGUUGAAGAUCUUUCCUCUUCUGGUAGGAGUUCUGAUGAAAACCGAUCAAUAAGGACCUUGUCUCAGGGCAGAUCACACAGAACAGAUCGUCGCAGGCCAGAUGAUAGUCUUGGUAACAUUAAGCUCAGAGUACCAGUCUUCAGUGGUACCAGCAAUCCAGACGAUUACCUUGAUUGGGAAAAGAAGAUAGAGUUGAUCUUUGAAUGUCACAACUACUCAGAGUUAAAGAAGGUUAGACUUGCAGCAACUGAGUUCAAUGGUUAUGCUCUUCACUGGUGGGAUCAGAUUACUUCAACAAGAAGAAGAACCGGAGAAGCAGCAGUGUCAGGUUGGUUUGAACUCAAGACUCUCAUGAGGAAAAGGUUUGUUCCAAGUCAUUACCACAAGGAUGUUCAUCAGAAACUAAGGAGGCUCACUCAAGGAGCUAAACGCGUGGAGGAUUACUACCAAGAGAUGGAGACUCUCAUGAUCAAGGCUUCUGUUGUUGAGGAUUCUAAUGCAACUAUGGCUCGGUUCCAAGCUGGUCUCAACAGAGAACUACAAGAUCGAUUGGAGCUACAGGAUUAUGAGGACAUUUAUGAGCUUCUUCACAAAGCUAUCCUCAUUGAGCAACAACAGAAGAGAAAGGUUAGCUCCAAGGGUUCUUACGGUAACAACUACAGAACCAGCAAGGAUGACAAGAGUCUAGCUAAACCAAAGGAGGAAUCUAAGACCUUUCAGCAUGAUGACAAAGGGAAAGCAUCAACCACAAGGGCCAGAGACGUCAAGUGUUUCAAGUGUCAUGGAUUUGGGCAUUAUGCCAAUGAAUGUACCAACAAGAAAGUCAUGCUACUCUUGGAUAAUGGAGAUAUCGUUUCUGAAGAAGAGAAAGUGGCGACAUCUGAAGAAGAACAAGUGGACUAUCCAGUUCAUGGACAACUCCUGGUUACAAGAAGAUCCCUUCAGGUCCAAUCCAAACCAGAAGACAUUGAUCAAAGGGAGAAUCUCUUUCAUACUCGUUGUACUGUUUAUGAUAAAGUUUGUAGCUUAAUCAUAGAUGGUGGAGUUGUACUAAUGUUGCUAGUGAAUCUCUUGUAGCAAAGCUUGGAUUGAAAACAGGAAAGCAUCCUAAACCUUACCCACUUCAAUGGUUGAAUGAAGGA